CCACAUCUACCUUCGUUUUGUUUUGCUCGCUGGCGGCAACUGGACCAAAUUCUCUCUUUCCGACCCGUUGAAUAUCCCGAAUAACACGACAUACUGCUGCCCAACAUGCAAUUCUUCAAAAAUCUCAAACCCGCGGCCGCGACCACGGCCGUCAUUGCCGCCCUGGCCCCCAAGGACUUGGAUAUCGAUGACCCAUCCUCGAUCAGGGGUGUGGCCAAGACCAUCGCCGGUGGCGCCAUGUCUUACUACUCCGGCACCUCGGAGAAGUUUGUUGACCUUCCCGAGCCGCACUACUGGUGGCAAGCCGGCGCGCUCAUGGGCAGCAUGCUGGACUACUCGCACUACACCGGUGACAAGAGCUACGACAAGCUCAUCUCGAGGGCCCUCUUGGAGCAGGUUGGCCCUGAGUUCGACUACAUGCUGCCGACGCACUAUGGCCAGGAGGGGAAUGACGACCAGGCUUUCUGGGGGUUUGGCGUCAUGUCGGCAGCCGAGAGGAACUUCCCGCACCCCGACAAGGACGUGCCCUCGUGGCUGGAGCUUGGCUCGAACAUAUGGAGCUCGCUCUCUUCGAGGUGGGAUACGACGUCGUGCAACGGCGGUCUCCGGUGGCAGAUCUUCGAGUCGAACCCGAACGGACUCGACUACAAGAACACGGUCAGCAACGGCGGCCUUUUCCAGAUCUCGGCGCGCCUCGCACGGGCGACCGGUGACAAGAAGUACUUGGAGUGGGCCGAGAAGGUCUGGGACUGGACCGAAGCCGUGGGUAUGAUCGAUACCUAUGGCAAUGUGUUCGACGGCGCGAGCGCUAGCCACAACUGCACCGACACCAACCCCGUCACCUUCUCGUACAGCGCCGCCAUCUACAUCUACGGCGCCGCCGUGCUGGCCGAGCACACGGGCGACAAGAAGUGGACGGAGCGCACCGAGCGCAUGCUCGAGGCCUCGCGCUCCUUCUUCAGCCCCUUCGACAACGCCACCAACAUCAUGUACGAGCACGCCUGCGAGCAGGUCUUUAGCUGCAACGCCGACAUGCGCAGCUUCAAGGGCUACUUCUCGCGCUUCGUGUAUGGCGCCAGCGUGUUUGUGCCGUCCAUCCAGCCGACCAUCGACGAGCUGUGGCACACGUCGGCUCUCGCCGCCGCCAAGGCCUGCUCGGGUGGCUCCGACGGCACCACGUGCGGCCAAAAGUGGUACGUCGGCGGAUUUGACGGUCUCACCGGCUUGGGCGAGCAGAUGUGCGCGCUGGAGACGGUCCAGGGGCUCCUCGUGGGCGAUGCCAAGCCACCGCUCAAGGGCGACGAGAUCAAGACUGUCCGCACUUUUGACCCGUCGGCAAAGUCUAAGCGCGGGCGAUAUGAUGCUCGCCGAGUGUAAGCUUUUGUACACGGUGCUGCGCAGUUGGGGUUUACAUUCUUCUGUACAUAACUUUUUGGGUAUUCCUGGUCUUGGAUGCGGACCGGCGCUUUUUCUUUUUGCAUAGCA